AUGAUCGAGUUCAAGACUUCCGAGGCGGCUUUCUUGGCGGCCGGCGGCGCCUCGCAGAUCCCCUGGAACGACACGGCCCUCCUCCAGGGCCUCGACGACGAGAUCCGCAGCGUCUUUGAGCCCGAGCAGCUCAUCACCCCCGACGAUAUCCGCCGCGGGAACCUGACGCUCGAGCAGUCCGUCCUGCAGCAUGGCUGGCCCGACCUCGACAGCGCCAGGGGCAGAUUCCUGUUCCUCAUGGACAACGGCCCCGUGAACCCCAUCCGCGACACCUACACCGACGGCCGCCCGAACCUCGAGGGUCGCGUCCUCUUCACCAACUCGGCGCCUGGAAACUCUGACUGCGCGUUCCAGAAGCUCAACGACCCCACGGGCACCGAGCAGGCCAACAUUCAGGCCCAGGUCAAGGCGGGCUACUGGGUGCGCACGCGCGCCGACGUGCCCCUCGACACGCUCCUGUCCAACGACACGACGGGCAUGCGCGAGGCCGCCUUCUCGAGCGGCGCCCAGAUCGUGUCCACCGACUUCCAGGCCUACGGCAUGAGCACCCGCUGGAACGUCGACUACGCCGUGCGCUUCGAGGGCGGCGCCGCCGUGCGCUGCAACCCCGUCAACGGGCCCGAGGGCUGCGCGGACGCGGAGCUGGAGCCUGUCGAGUAUGUGCGGAACUAG